AUGCCAGUAUCCGGUGCUCUGUGUGUCUCUUCAUUUGGUUGGCCAGCUUCGUACUAUGUACACGGCAUUCUCACGAUAAUCAUCAUGGCUGCGUUUUAUGCCAUCUAUCGUGAUUCGCCCAGAAUUCAUAAAAAUGUCAGCUCAAAGGAACUAUCCAAAAUUGAAUUUGGUAAGGACGUAACUUACGAAAAGAAGAUGCCGGUAGUACCAUACGGUGCUAUGGUCCGUGAUAUCGCCAUUUGGGGUGUUUGGAUCGCGAGUAUUGGUGGCACUUUUGGCUUCCAGAUAUUUUUUCAGUAUGGACCUGUAUAUAUCAAUGAAGUGCUACAUUUCGCGGUGGAAAAGACUGGCUUCACGACUGCUCUGCCAAUGAUAUUGUCCAUCGUGGUGAAGGUGCUCUCCGGACCAUUCAGUGACCACGCCGCGUGCUGCGGGGAGAAAACCCGAGUGAUGCUUUUUACGUUCAUUUCCCAAGGUUUGCCACUUUCAGCUAGCGAUACCAAUAUUUAUUUUUGGUCACUCGUUAUUUUGGCAACAAUUACAGUUCAGUUCGUCUGUUCGCAAUAUAGUCGAGGUUUUUUUGGAGGAAUCCUUUCCGUGUUUUGA